AUGGAGUCACGUGUAUUUUACCGAAAGAUAUCUCUGCUUUGUUUGCAGGUGAUCCACGAUGAGAAGGUUUACUGGUGGGAGGCUCUGUCCCUGGCUCUGCUCUACGUGGCCUAUAUCGUUGUGAUGAAAUACAACCUGAGGAUUCGCUGUUACUUUGAGGGUCUGCGCUGUGCCGGGGGAACGCAAUCCCGCGAGGAGCAGGAGGGGACACAGCAACAAGACAGCACCCCGACCCGCAUCGUCCUGUACUCAGGUCCCGAAGCCCGGGAGAAUUCCGUGCUGAUGGUGGAUGAAUUGUUCUCUGCUUCCCCUCACAAACUCAGCUUCCCUGAGGCCAGCCUCCGCAUCAUGAUAACUCGCCACUUCAGCCCCAGGACCCGUCUCAGUAUGGCCAGUCGCAUGCUCAUCAAUGAGAGGCAGCGCUGGCUCCGGGCUGGCGCCGGUGUUCCAGACCCACAUGUUACCCUCAGUGUGCCCGGGAAAGGGGCGAUGGAGAACGGGACCGGUGCCAACGCAGCGGCUGAACCGAGUCCAGGAGCCGGGCUCCCAGAGAGUGAGGAGACAGCAAUCCCCGGGGAGACAGUGGGAGGAGAGCGGAAGGAGGGAGCUGAGAGAACGGGACCACUGCGGCCAUUCACCGUCCCAGGUACAGGCAGCAACACCGAGCAGAUCUUCCUGGUUCGUCAGUCAGUCACCUCUCAGAAGAAGUUACUCUCGGUGCGUCUUCCCGAUGACUGUGACCCCUCUUUUGUGCAUGACUUCACCAUCAACGAGGACUCCGGCAACACCACGUUCUCCCUGGAAGGUUCUGGAAUGACAUUUGGAGACCUCUUCCACCUCAUCUCCUUCUACUGUGUGAGCAGGGACAUCCUCCCGUUUACCCUGAAACUCCCACUCGCCAUCACCUCCGCCCGAUCACACAAGAUCCUGAAAACUAUCUCCCACCUGGGCAUCGAGUUCUGGACGUCGGCCCUCAACGUGCGGGAGCGCCCCCCCUCUGGGGUGGAGGAGUGCGGGGUCGCGCCCCCCCAGGAGACUGGCUCCCCCCAGCCCGCUGACCAUCCACGGCUGUCGCUGCACGGACCCCUCAGGACCAGGGGGCCAGGGGAGGUGGGUCAGACCAGCCAGAGUGGCGCCCUCAGCUUUGUCAACCCCCUGUUCGAGGGCAGGUGCAAGGGGAGGAGGGGUCACUUCAAGAGCAGCUUCAAAGUGAGGGUCUCCACGGAGACCUCCAGCCCCCUCUCACCCCCCUCCGAGCCCCCUCCCCCAGUCCCCUGCCAGGAGGAGGAGGGGGAGGGGGAGGAGGACGGGAGCGGGGCAGCCCCCCAGUUGGAGGGGGAGGGGGUGUACCAGCGUCCCCGGACCCCUGUGCCCCCACCCCGUCUGAAGAAGAGGCUGAAGACCUGGGCGGUCCGCUCUGAGGAGGGGUACCGGGUGCCACUGCCGUCCUGCCCCUCCCCCCCCACCUCACCCUUGGAGGAGGGUGGGGGCGAGGGCUGGGGCGGGGGAGGAGACCGCCUGAGCGAUUCCAACUCCUCGGAGGGUCUGGAGCUCCUGCGGGGAGGGAACCUCCCUCAGAUCGGGGAGGUGGACAGUCAGUCCCUCAGCAGAGAGGGGGAGAUGGAGGGGGAGCGCAGGCAGGCUCGGCCCCAGCCAGACCAGCCCCCCAGUGCCCCACGACCCCCGCCCAGGUCUCGAGGUGCCCGGUGGGACGUGAGGGCGCCCCUGCGGAGGGUACUGAGCUCCUUUGCAGGCCCCGAGUGGAGGCUGGUGCACUCGGUCCAGGAGCAGGCCCGGGAUUCAGGAACCUCGGUGGGGGCCCUGGUCCAGGGAUUCAUGGGGAGACUGCGGGAUGGGAGUGGGGUCUCCGGGUCACGCUGCAGCACCGAGCUACUCCAGGACAUCCGGGCCUUCAUGACCCACACCAAGAGCUUCCUGAGGCAGAGCAUGGAACUGGAACUACCCUCGGACAGCCUACUCCAGGAGGCCGAGAGAGAUCGCCUCCUGGAGGUGGCGAUGCACAAGAGCAUCCUGAAGCCUCUCAAAGGUCGGAUCGAAGCCACGCUGAGGGAGUACCACAUUGCCAACGGCUCCCUGCAGCAACUCCGGGCUAACAUGCAGCUGGUCAGGCAGGCCGGACCACAAAGCCUGGGCCUACGCUUCAGUAACCCUGACCCUGCCGCCCUCGACAAGAUCAAACACAAGUUCAUCCUCAUGCAGAAGAUGUACUCCCCCCUCAAGAAGGUCCAGCUCCUCCUACAGGCCAUGAAACUCAUUUGCAAUCGGGUCAAAGCAGCUGAAGGACAGCAUUAUGGUGCGGAUGAGUUCCUGCCGUCACUCUCGUACACCAUCGCUGAAUGCGAGCUCCCUGAACUCAGCCUUGAGGUGGAAUACAUGAUGGAGCUGCUUGACCAGACUGACCUGACGGGGGAAGGUGGUUACUACCUCACCAGCCUGUACGCCAGUAUGUUCGAACUCCAGAACUUCCACGUCCAUCGGGUUAUGGGUGGCAUCAGCAACGAGGUCAGACACUCCCUCAAACAGUGGCACCACCGAAGGAAGACCAACGAACCCAUGCCAUCCAUCAACGACUUCCAGAACUUCCUGCGCGUGGCUUACCAUGACCCGGACAAUGGCUGCACGGCCAAGACGCUGGUGGUGAGGCCCCAGGAGUCGGUGGAGGACGUGUGCCGACUCUGCGCCCGGAAGUUCAAGGUGCAGAGUCCCGCCGAGCACGGCCUGUUCCUGGUGGUGGACGACGACUGGCGCCUGCUGCCCCCCGACUCUCACCCGCAGCAACUCAAAGCCGGUCUGCAGGCCCGGGAGGCCUCCGGCUGCUACCACUUCGUCUACAAGCCCAUCGGCCCGGGGAGAUCCAUGGUGGGGGCCAGGGCCAAACUCAUCCGGGACAACGCCAUCGACUUGGGGGGAGAUCUUGAGCUGAGGGACAGCACUGGGCCUGACCCUGGUAGCCAGGCCUGAAGAGGUUGGUCAGGCCUGAAUCUGGCAGCCAGGCCUGAAUGUGGUAACCAGGCCUGAACCUGGUAGCCAGGCCUGAACCUGGUAGCCAGGCCUGAACCUGGUAGCCAGGCCUGAACGUGGUAGCUGGGCCUGAACGUGGUAGCCGGGCCUGAAGAGGGUAGCCAGGCCUGAACGUGGUAGCCGGGCCUGAAGAGGAUAGCCAGGCCUGAACGUGGUAGCCGGGCCUGAAGAGGGUAGCCAGGCCUGAACGUGGUAGCCGGGCCUGAAGAGGGCAGCCAGGUCUGAACGUGGUAACCAGGCCUGAAGAGGGAAGCCAGGCCUGAAUGUGGUAACCAGGCCUGAAGGGCGGAGCUAGGCCUGAACAGGGCAGUACCAGGCCUGUCUAUCUCCAUGGCAACUACGAGGCCUGUGUGCGUGUGGGUGUGUGUGUGUACGUUGGCGUGUAGGCUUCUCUUGACCUUUGUCCUCUGCACAGUAACCUCUGAGUAUCGGGGAGGUGGGGAGGGAUCCUGUGUGGGAGGAGGGGAGAGAACAGCCUGACAUAGGCAGGGAAAGGCCUGGCUCCGGAGUCCCAGAGAACUGACCCAAUAAUGCCAUGUCACGCCAUGUCCUAUCUGUUACAAAGCCGCGUUCUAUGACGAGGGGACGGGGAGUCUGUAUUUAAACCGUGCGAUAUACAUUGUAUCUUAAGAUUUAUAUGAUCAAUACAAC